AUGCACAUCAAGUCCCGACUACCGGACCUGCCGCCCAUCCCGGACGCGAAUAUCUUCGAUUUGCUCUUUACAUCCUCGAGCUCACAAGGCGCACAGAUCCCGGAUUACACUGUCUACAUUGAUGCUGCCACUGGGCUCAGGCACUCGUUGCGCCAACCAUUACAAGUUCAGCUUGCGAACGCGCUCCUCGCUAUAACGACGCCCUUCGCGAAUUCGUCGACGUAUGCCACAGUAUACGAGCUCACACACGCCUUGCGGACAGCAAAGCCGAAAGUAUUGUUCGUGCGGCCGGCCCUGCUUCCGAUUGCACUCGCUGCCGCGAAAGAAGUUGGUUUGUCCGAAACCCAAAUCUACAUCCUGGAAGGUACUAGCAGCGAUGGACGUCUGAGUUCGCAAGGCUUGGCCAAUCGCGUCCGAAAGGGUUCUAUUGCUCGAGAGCCCAUCCGCCCCGCGAAGAAGAACACGCUGACAUACCUCGUGUCCUCGAGUAGGACUAGCGGUCUGCCGAAGGGUGGGCUGCUGUCAUGGCUUCCCAUGGAAACGUUUGGGCGACGGUGCUCAUGGGAACUGUAUGGGAGCAAGGGGGGGAAGUUCCUUCAGCUGACCUCGCCGAAAGAACCGCCAAUCGCGCUGUGUUUCCUGCCGCUCUACCAUGCCUACUCACUGAACGUCGUCGCAUUCCGCAUGUUCAGCAUCGUCCCUUUGACUUACGUCAUCAUGGAUAAGUGGAAUACCAGUGCAGUCUUGAAAGCGAUCUCCAAGUACCACGUCAAUAUCCUCGCGCUAGUCCCAUCUGCCAUGCACCAGCUGCUUAACCAUCUCGAAUUUACUAAGACCGACUUUAGCUCCGUUAUCAGCACCUCAUGCGGGGUGGCGCACCUUCCUACGACACUGCGGGACAAAUUCUUCUCGCGUUUCAACAAUGGUACACUUUGGGAAGGGUACGGCACGUCAGAGGUGACUUUGGGUAUUUCUCGCAAGACUAUCAACGGCCUGUUUGGCUUCAAGGUCCGCACGAUUCGCGAGGACGGCUCGGAGGCCGACGUCGACGAGCCUGGCGAGCUGUGGGUCAAGGCGCCUGUCGUGGCGCUUGGCUACUACAGGAACGAGAACGCGACACGGGAGGCGUUCGUCGACGGCUGGCUGAGGACAGGAGACUGGAUGCAUAUCGACAAGAACGAGUUCUUGCACUUUGUCGAGCGCAAAAAGGACACAUUCAAGGUCGAGGGAGCGCAGGUGUCGCCAAGCGAGAUAGAGAAUGUCCUGCACGCGCAGCCAGACGGGCUCAUUAUCGAUGCAUGCGUCGGCGGGGUGUCUAGAGGUAGGACGUCAGACGAGAAGGUUCCGCGGGCUUGGAUUGUGCUCAGCGACGAGGGUAAGCAAAGAGGGGCCGAGGAGACUGUCAAAGUGCUGGAAACGCGAACGAAAGAGAAUUUAAGCCCAUACAAGUGGCUGCGGGGCGGAUUUGAGGUCGCCGACGUGAUUCCAAAGACUCCGACAGGCAAGAUCUUGAGACGUCUGUUGCAGGAGAAGUUUGAAGCUCAGUACGUGGCUAGAGCGAAACUGUAG